AUGGGAUCUCGCUUGUUUCUUUGUGGUCUUAUGCUCGUUGCUUGUGCAAUGAGUACCAUGCCAAUGCCAGUCGCAGCUCGCCGCCUUUUAGAAGCUUCCUUGCCAGAACAUCCAAAGCUAGAGGUGCCUAAACCAGAAGUGCCUGAACUUCCAAAGCCUACCUUUCCUGAACUUCCUAAACCUACAAUGCCCGAACUCCCAAAACCUGUCCUGCCAGAGUUGCCUAAGCCCACCUUUCCUGAACUUCCUAAACCUACAAUGCCCGAACUCCCAAAACCUGUCCUGCCAGAGUUGCCUAAGCCCACCUUGCCUGAACUUCCAAAACCCACAGUGCACGAAGUACCUAAGCCAACACUGCCAGACAUAUCAGAGCCGAAAUUACCAAAGGAGCCCAAGCCAACCGAGCAUGAAUCGCCCAAGCCUACAUUGCCAGAGUUGCCUAAACUUACUAUGCCUGAGUUGCCCAAGGCUACAUUGCCCGAGUUGCCAAAGCCCACAAUGCCUGAGUUGCCCAAGCUCACUACGCCCGAGCUGCCAAAGGCCAUAAUACCUGAGCUGCCAAAGCCCACAAUGCCCGAGUUUCCCAAGCUGACUAUGCCUGAGCUACCUAAGCUCACAAUGCCUGAGAUGCCAAAACCCACAAUGCCUGAAAUACCCAAACUUACUAUGCCUGAGUUGCCGAAACCCACAAUGCCUGAACUCCCUAAGUUUGACAUCCCAGGCAAACCUUGA